CCUUUACUUUAGUAUAAUCUUAGUCGUUUGUGGUUGUAAAAGGAAACGUGUACAGAGCACAACACUUCCUUACAGGAAAGGUGACGAAAUGCUACAACGUGUCGCCACGCACUUUUUCCAGCAUGGCCGGGUACUCGCUUUAGCUUCCUCUCGAGCAGCGUCAAGCUUGCGUGGCUUCGCUGCCGCGCCGCAGCCCGCGGAAGAUGCGGAUUCAGCCGCCCCCGGCUCCCCCGCCCUGAUCGAGAAGAAGGGCAUCUCCCUGCGCGGCGUGCCCCUCUACCUGGACAUGCAGGCCACCACCCCCAUGGACCCACGGGUCAUCGACGCCAUGCUGCCGUACAUGACCGAGCAGUUCGGCAACCCGCACUCGCGGACGCACCUGUACGGCUGGGAGUCGGAGGAGGCGGUGGAGGAGGCGCGAGCCAAGAUCGCCCGCCUGAUCGGCGCCGACCCCAAGGAGAUUCUGUUCACCAGCGGCGCCACGGAGUCCAACAACACGGCCAUCAAGGGCGUGGCGGCCUACCUGCGAGACAAGAAGAAACACAUCAUCACAACGCAGACGGAGCACAAGUGCGUGCUGGACAGCUGCCGCUGGCUGCAGCAGCGGGGCUGGGACGUCACGUACCUGCCGGUGCAACCCGACGGUUUGCUGGACCUGGCGGUGUUGGAGGCGGCCAUUCGGCCCGACACGGCGCUCGUGAGCGUUAUGGCGGUUAACAAUGAGAUCGGUGUCGUACAGCCGCUCACUCAGAUCGGCGAGAUGUGCCGAGCGAAGGGGGUGUAUUUCCACACGGAUGGGGCGCAGGCGGUUGGCAAGAUCCCGGUUGACGUGAACGCCUCCAAGAUCGACCUGCUGUCGCUCAGCGGACAUAAGAUAUACGGACCCAAGGGCGUGGGGGCGCUGUACGUCCGCAGGCGCCCCCGAGUCCGCCUGGAGCCCCUCAUGAGCGGCGGCGGCCAGGAGCGCGGGCUGCGCUCCGGAACCGUACCCGCCCCGCUGGCAGUAGGGCUGGGGGCGGCGUGCGAGGUGGCGCAGCGGGAGAUGGCGUCCGACCUGGCGCAUGUACGGAAGCUGGAGGAGCGGUUGAGGACGGGGAUCACCGCCAGACUGCAGGGUGUUGUGUUGAACGGCCCCUCCGACCAGUCCCGCCGCUAUGCGGGCAACCUCAACCUCUCCUUCGCCUACGUGGAGGGCGAGUCGCUCAUAAUGGGGCUCAAGGAGCUGGCUGUGAGCAGCGGCUCCGCCUGCACCUCCGCCUCCCUGGAGCCCAGCUACGUGCUCCGGGCGCUGGGGGUGGAGGAGGAGCUGGCGCACACCAGCAUUCGAUACGGGCUGGGGCGCUUCACAACGGAGCAGGAGGUGGAUCGCGCCAUCGAGAUGACUGUCGCUCACGUGAACAAGCUGCGCGAGAUGAGCCCGCUGUGGGAGAUGGUGCAGGAGGGGGUGGACAUCAAGUCAAUCCAGUGGGCGCAGCACUAGAGCAGGACCGCAUACUGUACUGCUGGACGUGUCAUGGUUCCUCCAGUCGCGGUGGCCUCCGGUCUUCCGCGGCGGCUUGGUGUUAUCGGCGGAGUCGACGUUAGCUUACAGGAGUAAGAUGCAUUACCUUUACACUUGAAGGGGCGGAGGGCAGAAGGAAGGGGAGCGGGUUCGUAAGGGUGGUGGUAGUGAUGGCGCGGGACCAUGCCGGCUGGAGCAGCAACAGUUGGAAAGCGGCGGAGGAGUUGGGGUUAGCGACGGGAAUUGGGAAUUUGAUUGCCCCCAGAAGGUACAAAAGUACAAUGGACAUGCAUGUGUUGAGUUUUGCAGCGUCAUUAGCACACAGGAUAAGCAACAAGGGGUUCUCUAAUACGCUGUACGCUGGGGGUUCCGGAGUGCGAUGAGUCAGUUGAGAGCGGGGAAGCGGGAGGGGAAGAGCUCCCUCGCGCCAUGUCGGGGCCGUGGGGCCGUGCGAGCAAGAACACCAACACUAAGCAUGUUGGGUACAGCCUCCUUUCUUCCCAUCAGCAUGUGUUGAAGUUCCCCGGGUGGACGAUUGAGGGGUUUACCGAGAGAGCCGACAAGUUGGGCAUUUGUGUUGGUCUCAUCCCGAGGAAGGGGACAACAGUGAACGAGAGGUGUGUGUACUUGAACUGCUGUGCUCUUAACGAACGAGAGGUUGUUGAUGUGUUCCAUGGGAGGAGCUGCGGUUUGAUUCCUGGCUUCUACAGCGCUAUGGUGCUUUACCGGUAAGAAGACGGGCCAAGGCAAGAGGUCGUGCAGGCGGUAACCAGCGUGUUGUGUGGAAAGGUUGUUACGCAUUGGGACUCAGCUGACAGAUUUGUCGAUGGGUGCGGAUGGACCAU